GUGGGCCCUUCUCUUUUUCGUUUUUCCUCAUUUUGUUAUUUCUCUGAAGCGUGGUCGCCCGAGGCUGCUGGAGGGAGGCUUUGACGAAUCGAGAUCAAGCUCCUCAUAGAUCCAAAGCUUUUUUGGAAGGCACAAACAAGAAAGAAAAGCACAUGGACGAGGUGAUGACGGCAGCUGAUGCGAGCUCAUCCAGAGGCAGCGAAGCGACGUCGUUUGCGUCGUCUCCGUCGUCGAAUCUGCUUCCUAACAACCUCCCUCUUAUCACGGCCUUCCUCGCCUUCGCUCUCGCUCAGUUCCUCAAACUGUUCACCAAUUGGUUUAAAGAAGGGCGAUGGGAUUCUAAGAGAAUGAUUGAUUCAGGUGGUAUGCCAUCAUCUCAUUCUGCAACUGUGACAGCUCUAGCAGUUGCUAUAGGUCUACAGGAUGGGACAGGAGGACCAGCUUUUGCAAUUGCAGUGGUCUUGGCAUGUGUCGUGAUGUAUGAUGCCUCAGGUGUCCGACUUCAUGCUGGCCGUCAAGCUGAACUGCUGAAUCAAAUUGUGUGUGAGUUCCCUCCUGAACACCCAUUAUCUAGUGUGAGGCCUCUGCGUGAAUUACUUGGGCAUACUCCACUCCAGGUUGUUGCGGGUGCUUUGUUGGGAUGCAUAGUGGCUUUUCUGAUGCGAAAUUCCGGUUAGGAUGUUACAUAAACAACAUUGAUUCUUUUUCCAUCUCAGUAAUGGGAUGGAGUAUGCAUCAAUCUCAGCAAGGAAUGGAAGAAAGAGUUGGUGUCACACUUUGAGUUUCUAUUGUUGAAGCCUUGUAAAGUGGUUGGGGACAAAUAGGAAAUGAUUUCUGUUUACUACUGACGUCACUUAUAUACUAUGUCUGUCACUAAAUGUUGGACUUUAUAGCUUUGCCAAUUCUUUUAGGAUCAAUUACAUAGCAUGAAUACCCUUCCUCAAUUCUAUUUCAUCAUUCAUAUGUUUAUAUU